AUGCUUCAAUUCUUUGACAGAUUGCAGAGAUGCUGCGAAUCGCUGGAGCAUGCGAGUCGAUGCCUUCAAACCGACUGCGGUCGAUUGCCGUGCUUCAAGCUGAAGCUCGUCAUGGCGCACAUGCGGGCUUCCGAGAACCGAUCGCUGCUCGUGUACCUCGUCUGUCGCCAGUUCCUUUCGUUGUGCUGCUAUCACGCCAAAGGGUGUUUGGUUGAGCAAUUCGCGGUGCCCUACUGUCUCACACUUCGCCCGCGUAUGCCGAACAUGGAAUUGGUUGCUCUGCGGUCGAGAAACGAUGUUGAGAAUUUUCCGAGAGCCAGAUUUGACCCGGUGCCCGUUCUUGAGAAUCUUGCCGCCGAUGAGGAAUGA